UUUAUGAAACGUCAGACACUCGUUUAAAAAACAAUUGAAAUACAAAGAGCGUGUGGCGCUCCAUAUGUGUAAGCAGGUGCAGGCAUAUGAAAAAGGGGGUGAAAAAGGGCGUGCUUGUAAUUUGAAAGUUGGCUCCGCGCAUGCACGCCUUCCUCUCUCUGUUUAUUUGCUCUAUCCUGUAUGUUUUUAAACACGAUGUCCAGUAAGCUGUAAGUAAACAGAUAACACGAACAGACAGCGUCGGUGGCACAGUGCUGAUACAACCUGCUUAAUACACCAUCUCGGGAUGCUGUACAAAGCACAUGAGAAGUCAAUCCAAAAGAACAAGAUAAAGUACUACACAGGUAACCUUGCACUUCAUAAACAAUGAAGCGCACUCGACUUCCAAGCAGUAGUGAUGACUCUGACAAUGGCAGCCAUUCUACCUCCUGGUCCCAGAAUUCCAGAUUGCAUCAAAGGAGGAAUUCAUGGUCCAGACAUGAAGAUAGAAAACCUUCAGAGGUUUUCAGAACAGAUUUAAUCACAGCCAUGAAGCUUCAUGAUUCCCACCAGCUAAACCCAGAUGACUACUAUAUACUGGCAGACUCAUGGAGACAGGAAUGGGAAAAAGGUGUCCAAGUUCCAGUCAGCCCUGAAUCAGUCCCUAUUCCUGGGGUCCGAACUAUAGCUGAAAAGGAGAAAGCAGUCAUGUUUACCAGGCCAAGAAAAUAUAUUCGCUCACCAGGUUCUGAGCCUCCUGAAUUAGGUUAUGUUGAUAUCCAGACUUUAGCAGACAGCAUGUGCCGCUAUGAUCUCAAUGAAAUGGAUGCUGCAUGGCUAGAGUUGAUCAAUGAAGAGUUUGAAGAUAUGGGUAUGCCAAAAAUAGAUGAACUUACCAUGGAGAGAGUGAUGGAAGAGUUUGAGAGGCGUUGUUAUGACAACAUGAAUCAUGCUAUUGAGACUCAAGAAGGGCUUGGUAUUGAAUAUGAUGAAGAUGUUGUUUGUGAUGUUUGCCAGUCUCCAGAUGGGGAAGAUGGAAAUGAAAUGGUUUUCUGUGAUAAAUGUAACAUUUGUGUUCAUCAGGCAUGCUAUGGUAUACUGAAAGUGCCCGAAGGCAGCUGGCUUUGCCGGACCUGUGCCCUUGGUGUUUUACCAAAAUGUUUACUCUGUCCUAAAAAAGGUGGUGCCAUGAAGCCAACUCCCAGUGGUACAAAAUGGGUUCAUGUAAGCUGUGCUUUGUGGAUACCAGAGGUGAGCAUUGGCAGUCCAGAAAAAAUGGAGCCUAUCACAAAGGUGUCCCAUAUACCCAGCAGCAGGUGGGCUUUAAUAUGCAGACUUUGUAAAGAAAAGACUGGAGCUUGUAUUCAGUGCUCCGCUAAAAACUGUAGAAUUGCAUUCCACGUCACUUGUGCAUUCCAGCAUGGCCUGAACAUGAAGACUAUCUUGGCUGAAAAUGAUGAAGUGAAAUUUAAAUCUUUCUGCCAGAAACACAGCGGUAACAAAAAGCAUACGGUGGAUCCAGAGACUGGGCAAAACAGGGGUGAAGAAGAAGAGGAGGAAGUGGAAGAGGAGGAGGAGGAGGAGGAGGAAGUGGAUGAAACCGAGGCAAAUGAAGCCCCAGCGCCAGUCCAGAGCCAAGAGGAUGCGCAAAUGUUGAGCCUGAGGAAACAGAAACUGCAGCAGCUUGAGGAUGACUUCUUUAGUUUUGUGAACAUUGUUGAAGUUGCACAUGAUCUUCACAUUUCUCCGGAGCUUGUAGAUUUCAUUUAUAAUUACUGGAAGCUAAAGAGAAAGACAAACUUCAACAAGCCACUGAUCACUCCCAAAAGAGAUGAAGAGGACAACCUUGCUAAGCAGGAACAAGAUGUACUCUUCAGGAGAUUACAGCUCUUUACUCACUUGCGGCAAGACUUGGAAAGGGUGCGAAACCUUACAUACAUGGUGACAAGAAGGGAGAAAAUGAAGAGAUCCAUCUGUAAGGUACAAGAGCAGAUAUUCCAUCAUCAUAUCAAGCUUCUGGAAGAGGAGAUAGUUUCAGGAAAAGUACUGGUUGGUGUGGAAGAUGCAUUGUACUCUGGUUGCAGGGCACUACCAUUGGAAGCCUUCAAACACUGUUCUGACCGGCCUCCUAGAACCCCAUCAGAGAAGCCCUGCUCAAGAAAAGGAACUCAAAAGAAUGACAGAAUAAAGGGUUCUGGUGACAACAGGAAAAAAGUGGUGCUGAAAGAGCAAGGCAUAAUUUCCUCCAAUAGUGGUGGUAGACAUGAUAGCAAGAAAGAGCUGGAAACAACUCAGGGCAAUUUACAAAAGGAGGACAGGCCCAGGGUGGCAGUAAAACCUUUGCAACUUAGAGAGAAAAAGAGUGACCCAUUAAUAGUUGAGCACAAAAAAAAGGACGUUUUAAUCCAGGGUGAAGACCUGAAGCAUGAGCAUCAAGAAAAAUCCUUGUGUAAGCCCAACCAUAAGUCAGCAAGGUACAUGGAAGAGGCUACCCUUAAACAGUCUGAAAAUAAAAGAGCACAACUGCCUGCAAGUGGAAAAGUGCUGUCACGUAGAAUUUCAGGAGAAACUGUGCCUAAAUGUAAUGGAACUCUGAAAAAAGUGAACUGCAACCAGUCAGUUGUUCCAGUGCCUACGACGCCAGCCAGCCCUAUGAAGAAUUGGGGAGGGUUCAAAAUCCCAAAGAAAGGAGAACGGCUUCUUCAGAGUGAGGGACAGGAUACCUGCCAAAAGAAACCACUCUGUGAUCACUUGAGUGUUGACAGGGCACCUCUUAAAGAGAGCACCAGGGCUCACAUAAAGACAGAGACUGAGAAUGAUGGCUAUAUUCCUGAUGCUGAAAUGAGCGACUCUGAGAUGGAAGCAAAAGAGAAAAAAUGUCGUCCACAGCGGCUCAGCACAGGGGCCUCCCUUAACAGGAGAUAUGGAGCGGAUUUUCUCAGGAGAAGUAUCCUGGCCUCUUGAGCAAGUAAUGACAGGGAAGGAGGCUUAACUGAAGAGUGGGCAAAAAUGGCCAUGUAUACCACUAUCUAACUUUUAAAUGCCCCCCUACCUAAAAAAAAUAGUAAAGUGUAAACUUCAAUGAGUGUGGCAUCACACGUAUUGUUUUAACAAUUUAGUUGACUCCUCACGUUAUUUCAAAAUCCAGUUCAGCAUAUAUUUUUUUCUUCUUUUAUGGACUCGAACUGCAUCAGUGGGGUGGGGGGUGGAACGACUUAAGACAAGUUGUUAUAAGACUGGACUUGCCCGCACAGUCUUUGUUUUGUAUAUACACUACAUUAUCUUACUGUGCUUUAAACAAUAGGAUGGUGGUACUACAGGCCAUUUUCAGUGAGACCUUUAAGUGCUUUCUUUAAAUUGAAAGAGUCGAAGCACAAUUCUACUUAUAAUGGCACUGAAUAGUAUGGUACAAAAAUACCAUACUGCACUGCUGCACCCAGCUAUCUUGAAAUCGCCACGUGGGUAACUUGUGAGUCUGCUUAUUAUUGGCAUUUCAUAUCCAUUAAUUGUAGAGACAUUUCAAAGUUAGGGUUUGCAAGUGAGCCCCUUUGGCGUUGUCUUCGCCUGGUUGCAUACCGCUUAGCAUAUAGAAUUCAUAAAGAAAAGAAAAAGUGGACUGGGGGAUAUUCCUCUUCAGCCAACUUCUGUUCAUUGUACUCCCUUGAGCUGGGUCCAUAUAGAAGGACAUAUGGUGUUACAUGGGCCUGUAAGAUAACAUUGAUUUUUAAGGGAAAGCGGGGGUGGGGUGAGGGAGGUACUUAAGGUUUUGCUUUUCAUGUACAGUGCACACGUGUGUAAUAUGAGCGCUUGCCAAAUAAAAAGGGGCAGUAAUCCAAAAACUCAUGGAGAAUUGGCCCCUUUUUGGAAUAUACACUGGUGUAUUAAUGCAAAGAAGCAAUAAUGUCAUAACAAUAUUUUUUAGCAGUAGCAAUAAAAGGUGAUCCAUGAAGAUAAUGAAUGAUGCAUCGCACACAUUUCAAAAAGGUGGUCUGAAGUUUGAAUGUAAAGUAAAUUUCAGAAACAAACUGUGUCCAUGUUGGAGGCAGAUGUAUGAUUUUUAGCCCCAUAUUGCACUUCAUUCAGUACAGUGGCUGAAGUUUUCCUUCGUUGAACCUUCCUACAUGUGUAAGAAUUUUUUCUAAUUCCAUCACUCACUCACUCUUUCUUUCAAAAUUGUGCAGCCAGCAGUAUUAAUCAUGAUUGUUUACCUCAUGUACCCCACUUCCCUUACAGUGGGACACAGUUUGCAAUGUUUGCAUUAAUGCAAACAAAUGGGUGACAUUCUCAUUUUUUAAACUUGAGAAAAUAAUGUCUUUAAUUUGAGGAGCAUAUUUUGUAAAUUGUAUAGGCCAUGUUUUUGUCUGUUACCAAAAAAGAGAAGAAAACAAAUUGCAAAGUAGUUCAGAUUGCAAUGAUUCUUUUUUGAAUAAUUUUUGCACGUCGAUUAUUUUUUUUUCUCCUUUUUAUACUCUCAUAUGCCAUUUAAUCAUGAGUUAGCAGUGUUCUUUACCAAGGGAGGAUCCAUUUACCCAAUCUGUGUUUUCAGUAACAACCAUGAUUUUCUUAUUUUAUGUUGCUGUUUGUUAGGAACUCAAAGAAAACAAAGCUACUGUAUCAUGACAACCUAAUUCAGGCAAAUUUAAGCUUCUAAAAGUUGCUUUGUUGUGCCUAGUAGGAAAUCAGAGGUGUAGAAAGGGAGCUUUUGUGCAUUUGUUUUUCAGUAGUUGACGCAAUAGAAACAGUAAGAAGUGGUGUACAGCCAGAACUCACUGUGUGCCUAGCUUGGUGUCCCUUCAAGAAGCACGUAGUUGCAUGAGAGUAAAGCAGAAGUAAGAUUUAUACAUAGAAAACUAUUUUAUAAUACUUGACUCUUUGCUGUAUUUAUUUUUCCCCUUUUGAAAGUAUUUAUAAUAGUUAAAUACAGCUGUAUUUUUUUCUUUAUGAAUGAUUUAGAAGAAUUGUGCCUUUGUCUGUGAAUAAACUGCUGUACAUUUUGCAAAA